AUGGAUCGUCAUGGCCAAGUAGCCACUACUGCGGGCAUGGUGGCAGGUUUACCGUGCAUAAGGUAAAAGGCCUAACUGGAAUUUUUUUGACGUUGAAUAAAUGAAUCAGUCUAAGUGCCUAUGUUCAAGCUGAAACUGGUGCUUGAAGAAACGAUGCAGAGCGAUUCCUGCUCCCCAGUGUCUCCAGCGGACAGUCCCAGCAACAGUGAAGAAGAAGUCGACCGGCAGCAGAAAAGAUGUGGAAGGAAGAGGAGAUCGAGUAGAAGAAACGGGGAGGAAUCAGAUAGCCCGACCCAUGGGAAAAGAGGGAAAAAAUCCAACAGCAGCAGUCCGCAGUCUUUCGAGGAGCUUCAGACGCAGAGAGUUAUGGCGAAUGUGCGCGAGCGGCAGCGGACUCAGUCCCUCAACGAAGCCUUCGCGGCACUGCGGAAAAUCAUUCCCACUUUACCGUCAGACAAACUGAGCAAAAUCCAGACCCUCAAACUGGCAGCCAGGUACAUCGACUUUCUCUGCCAAGUGCUACAAAGUGAUGAACUGGACUCUAAAAUGGCAAGUUGUAGUUAUGUGGCGCACGAGAGACUAAGCUAUGCCUUUUCUGUGUGGAGGAUGGAGGGCGCGUGGUCCAUGUCAGCAUCUCACUAGUCUGUGGAUUUAUAGGGCAAGAUGGUGACACCGGUUCCGUUAGUUUCUGCAAGGGGGCAACUCGGGAAUCCGAUGCUGGAUAUGUGUGCAAAGCUGCAAUGUUUUCUGGAAAAUAUGAUAAAAAGAAACCAAAGAUAACAGAACGUAAAAAGCACUUAGAAAGGCCGUGGACAAUCCAGAACUCUGCGUUUUGAUAUAAACUUAAUUGUUCAGUUUGACAAUGAAUGUUGGAAUUGUGUAUUUCUUUAUGCAUCUGGUCGUUUGACCAAGCCGUGCCGAGUCUUUGUUUCGCUCAUGGAACGGGUGAAAGUGCAUCGCCAUUUCAGUUUCAUGGCCGCCGGAUUGUUACAGCCGUGAAAUGACUUGAUAUUUGGCUUUUACAUAUGCAAGACUUUUUGGAUUAAUAUUUUGUCUCCAAAAUACGUUUAUUAAUUUAUUAAUUACAUUUGUCGCAAUGCAGGAUAGAUCCGGUGUCUAAAUGCAUUCGUACUUUUUGUAAAUACUGUAUUUUUCUGCAAUAAAAUAUGAAUUUAAAACACU